UUGCUCUGUGUUUGCAUAGAGAAUUUACCGUAGAUAACGCGUAUGUAAUCUGUAAGAAGAGCUCAAGUGUCGAGAUCGUAUUUGUCAAAAGACUUACUGAUACCGAUCGAAGCACUGCUUAGUAUAGACCGGGGUCCCGCAAACUCCCGCAUAAUUGUCGACAGGGACGGACCUUCUGAAGUCCCACCGCUCUCAGAAUGAAAGGGUUCAAAUUAUUUCUUUACUUUUGUAUUAUCAAUUGAAACGAUCAUGAUUUUUUAAUUGAAGUGAAUUUAAAUUCCAAUAACCAACAAAAUUCAAUUAUUUGUGGGCUGUAAUUUUCCUUUUCAUAACACAAUGCAGUGCGUGUUGUACACCGACCAACAGGUAGAGGGGAUUAAUUCACAAUUCCUACGUGUUGCAAUGACUUGACAUCUCAAGGCUAUUUGUGGAGACUUCGCGCACCUGCUGAAUACAUACAUACAGCAUAGAAUCGUACAUAUGGAAGUUGUACAUGUAUGAUCCGGACGUACAAUUUUCCUGACCGUUUCAUUGGCUGACCGUGUCGAUGAAAGUGUACCCGUUGUUUUUUGACGCAGUGUUCUCGGAAACUAUUAAGUGUUUGUUUUAGUGUAGUUAAUAUUUACCCAAGUCGUUACGAGGUAGUUCAUUACAAAUAAGGCCAUGAUGUUUCGAUUUAAAAUCGAUUCUUCAACCAUUAAGUUUGGUUGUGACUUGAUCAUUCUGAACUAUUAAGUAGAAAAAACAAAAGGAUUUACAGUAACCACAUACGACUGGAGUCAGUGUUAUUUACUCUUCAUUUUGGAUGUACAUGUGAGAUAUCAUUAAAGAUCCAUCGCAGAUGACGGUUAACUCCCAGAGACUCACAGACGUCCAGGUCCGGCUAGAGAAACUCCUGACGGACAAAAAAUGUCUGAACUCCAAGGUCACGUCGGACGCCUUCGCUGGAUUUCGGACAGCGAUCGGCAAAGCAAAAGCUGGACAAUCUGCGGAUUUGAUAUCUUCUCUGAAGAAAUUGGAGAAUAGUCUCAAAAGUGAGGGAUCCUAUAAAAAUGUCAAAGUCGGGUUCGAAGCCGCAAAGACCGACAUCAGUGAGAUUCUUGGGGCAGCAGAAUCACCAACCAGGCUCAAGCCGCAACCAAAAGCCUCCUUGAUGCCAGGGAAAUUAGACUCCAAACACCCUAACCCCCGGGCAGUCACUGUAACGCUUUCUAACAGUUAUGCUCGCCAGAAAAUGCGAGCCAAUGGGUACCAGAGACCGACCAUAGAGCCUGAUGCACCGCCAGCGAUUCGGACUCGAAAACCACCCGUAGAAAUAAAGGGACCUCAAGCCAAAAACCCCGGACCAGAGGAAAUGACGUCAUUGAAUAAAACAAUCUCCAGACUUUUUAACCAUUUAGAGAUAAAUAAAAUGGCCAGUGAUCCCAAAGCUACUUCAACUAAACCUCGUCACGUUCGGAGAUCACCAAGUCCCCAUCGACGUCACAGGCGAGAGGACCAUGACGUCAGAGAACUUCUUGAAAAAUUGCAGACGUUCGAGGAUGAAUUGCAAAGAAGGAAAGAAAAACAGAAUGAAGAAAUACUCAGUUUGCAAACACAGAUUCAGAAAUAUAAAACACAGGCGUCUGACCAAUCAAAAGAGAUUGAAAGGUUGAGGGGUGUUCAUAAUAUUACCAAUAAAGCCAAAGGGAGACACGUGGGAAUGAUCGAGGAAAGGUACCAAGAAGAGAAAAAAGAUUUUGAAACAAGGUUUAAAGAACUUGAAAAUAAUUUGAAAAGAAAAUAUGAAAGUGCAAUGCAAGAAAAGGAAAACUCCGAAAAUACGCUACGAACCGAUCUAAAUAAGCUGAAAAAAGAGAUCCAAAAGAUAAGCGGAAUGACCUCCAGCGGUAAAGUGUCCAAGAAACCGCGUUACCGGACAGAAUCGGAAAUGUACGACAUUGCUGAACUGAUGACGUCAUUGGACAUGGUGGCCAAGGACUUACAGGGUCAGCACGAUCGGGCCAGAGGAAUAGAAGAAGAUAAAUCUGUCUGGAAGAGUAAUUAUUUGGAGCUGGAAAAAGAUAUAAAUAGAUUUUGCCACGACAUUUCGACGUCUUCAAAAAGCAACCAGAAGAAAACUAGUACUCCUCGCUCUAGUUCCAACUCUGUAUCAGCUCUCCAGGCUCUGCUAAUGGACACAAAGUCACAGGUCCUCGCUCGCCUCAGGCAAAUAGAAGAAAAAGACAGGGUAUUGCACGAACAAGACCAACAGAUCAGCCGACUCCGAGAAUCCGGAAGUUUACUGGCUCAAUUGGUCAGUGAAAUCGAGGCUUCCUUCAAAGAACUUUCGUCUUAUACCGACCUAAGUCAAAACUCACUCCCCGCACAGGACAUUUCCAGUCUUAGAUCUAUAGACAUGUUAAAGCACAUAAGACUUUUCAUUCAUGAAUCUGUUAGUGUGUCAACAGGCAAAGACAAAUCUCUUAAGGAGUUAGAAAACGAUAUAGCUGCGUUGGAGACUCGAAUCAGGAACCUUGACACUGGAGUGACCACCACUUAUACUGACGACAAUAUACAUGGGGACACUCCAACUCCCACCAGACAGCUGUCAAUCGUCAGUCAAACUCACGAGGGCGUGUCUGAGUCUUGUAGCCAGUUGCUGAAGAAACUGGACAUUGUACAGAUAGGAUUUGUACAAAUCCAGUCCCAGAACAAACACAUGGUCAAUGAAAUCAACUCUCUGAAGAAAGUAUCUGAAUCUCUGAACAAAACAAAGCAAGAGCUGGAGGGGAUCUGUAAAAUUCUGGGCGUGUCCCUGAAGGAGGUAGAUGUCUCAAAUAUUUCUCACGUGGUCCGCACGUGUAAAUCGGGGGCGGAGGGCAAAGUAAAGGAAGUGGACAUCAAAGAGGGGAUUAUUCUAAAGACGAGGUCGGAACUGGAUAAACUCCGAGAUGAUCUUCACAAUUUAUGGGAAUACGUCACGGCCAGCGAGGAAAGUGCCACCUCAAAAUCACCAGAGGGCGACAAAUCCAGUAGAUCUACACCGCACUCUAAAUCUCCGGACUCCAAACAAACUACCUCAGUCAAAGCCAAAGCGACGAAGCCCCUCACAACAAAGGAUGAGUUGGACCAAAUUCUGCGACAAUUCAACAAACUCAAGGGAGAAAACUCCACAUUGUACACAGCACUGAAGGACAAAGAUGUGACGGUGAUAGAUGCUGAGAGCAAACUGAAAGUGGAGAGGACACACCUGGCCCAACAGGUGAAAGAGAGAGACGAGAAGCUGACACAGGCUCUUCUGGAGUGCGAAAGCUUGAAAGCGGACUUGGCUAAAAUUGCUUCUGAAAAGAAAUCGGCUGAAGAAAGCGCAGACAAGGAGAAGUCCAGUUUAAGUCAGCUCAAGGCUCAGCUACUGGAACUGGAGGACGAGUUCACGAAGAUCAAGGACACGUAUGAAGCCCGAGUAAAUGACCUACAGAAUAAACUGAAAGAGUCGUUAGAGGAGAUGGAUAAGAUAUCCAAAGACAAGCAAAACCUUCUGACAAGACUGAGUGCGGUAGCUAGCACCCAGCUGACGGAUGGGAACCCCGCCAUUACCGACCUGAGCGAUACCAACCGACCUACGAGGAUCGCAGAAAAGUUCUCGGAGCUCUACGACAACGAAUGGACGGACGCCUUUGAGGCGCUGACGUCACAGUAUCACAUGUCUGAGAGAGAGGCUGUCGACUUACUGUUGAGGAUUCUCAAGGACUGCUUUAACUUCGGUAAAGUGGCCGCCAGCGGCCAGCUCUCGGAGCUUCACAAAGUGCUCCUAAUGCUCCACACGACCGGUAGAACCAGGGAGACCGUGGUGUUGUCGAGUGUUAAGAAGUUAUCAAAAGAGGAGUUAAAAGUCAUUAAAGACAUCAGAAAGGCUUGCGCCGUGCAUGCAGUAAAGGCCGUUCAAAAGUUUUUUAGUGAAACCCCUGACGGUCGGACCGCACUGAGUGACGCCCAGCAAUCUUCCUGCGCGGGAUUUAUCACGAGGGCCGUGGAACUAUGCUGGCUCAUGAAUGUCCAAGACCCGCCUCUAGUGAUCACGUGGUCUGUGAAACCCGGCGAGAUUUGUGAUAACACCCGAUACAAACAGUUCACCCACACUGGCCAGUUCGUGGAGUUCCUUGUUUGGCCACCUCUGUACUUGUUCAAGGAAGGGCACCUGCUGAGUAAGGGAGUGGUUCAGUGCAUAUGAAGGCAUGUGAUCAUAAGCAGUACACAUCACUAUUUCAUUUGCCAAAAACUAAUGUUAAUCCUUUUGCAAUACUAUUACUGCUAGUUACUGUUUGUUUGUUGGUCAUUUCCACUGUUUACAUGAUUAAAUUUUGAAUUUAAAAAGAUUUCAAUGU